UAUGCAACACAUUUUCUCAUUUGUUCCACAGGCCAUUCCUCAUAAAACGUGUUUGUGUUAAAUAAUAAUGUUUUUAAUAUAGAUAUAAUAUCUUUUGGUGAACGAAAGGGAAAAAAAUAAAAGAAGACAAAGAAAAUACAGCCACAGAAUGAAACGAUCGUAUUCUUUACAGAUAGGAGAAGAAAAUGGGGAUUCUAAAAGAUUUGUUAAACAAGAGCCUGUUGCAAUUAAAUAUGAAGGAACAACGUAUACAAAUUAUUCCUCAUCGACCACAUCACCGUCUACUUCCAUUCCUCAACCCUUACCAGGUCAACCACCAUUACCUCCAAUGCCUCCACCACCAAGCGGAAUCCCACCUCCGCCUCAUGUCUUUGGACCAGUGCCUUCUCAAGUUACGCCAAUUCAAACAUGGACUCAAGCACCCACGCAUUGGUCAUGGAUAACAACGCCCUUACCUCAAAGAGAAAUUCAACAUGUUCAAAGGGAAAUUGUCCUGAGAGGUAACUACAUGGGAAGAGAAAGGUAUCCUCACAAUAGAAAUAACAUGUAUAUGCAGAGAAAUAACUUUCAUCGAAGGAAUAGAAGACUAUCACAUUUUGGUCAACCACAAGGACAAUUCGAUCAAGCUUCUUAUUUAGGCUCACCGUUAACAGGUGGUCUCGGUUUAGAAUGGCAAAGAAACAAUUAUAAUGCAACGCCAAACGAUGCUAUUAUGAAUCAUAUGCCUGUUCCUCUUUCCAAUCAUCCCGUAACUCCCAUAACCCAAGGUAUUGUAACUGCCAAACAUCGAGAAGAAAAAGGAGAUCAGAAUGUUAAAAUUGUAGUGGAAGAGGUAGUUGUUAAAAAUAAUAAACAGAGAAAAUCUAUGUCGCUAAGUUACCCCAGUCGACCAUGGAAUCGGGAAGAUGCUGAGAGAGCUUUAAAAAUUGAAACAGAAUACAAUAAGACAGUUAAAGCAAGGAGUUUGAUUAUUAAAUUUCCAGAUCCUGAUCUUAAUAAAGAUAUUGUUAGAGAAUUUCAUCCUGGUAUACAAAAUAUUCAUUUUCAAAGUCCUAGUGGCCCUAGAUAUUGUUUUAUUCAGAUGGCUGAAAAUGUUAAUAUUGAUGAAGCUAUUAAAGAGUUAGAAAAGAUUCCUUUUGGCAUUGGUUAUUUGAAAGUGGAGAGAAAAUCUUUGCGAGAUGAAGAUAAUCCAAUGCUUGAAGAAAUAGAUCCCUAUAUUUUAUACGUAGGAAAUUUACCAGAAACUGUUAAUGUUAGUGAAGUCAAAAGCAAGUUUCCAACAGCUUCUAGGGUAGAUGUUGGUUAUGCGCAAAAAAUGAGAAAUACACGAUAUGCAUUUGUAAGAUAUAAUUCUGUAGAUGAAUCGAUAGCUGCUUAUAAACAGACACACAACUUAAUGUGGGAUACAAGAAGUAUUAUUGUAAGAUUCCGAAGACAACGUGGAAAUACAUGUCUUUCGGGAGAACCUAAACUAAAUGUAAAGAAAGUAGAAGAAGAGCCAAGCAAAACAUCAAAAACAAAAGAACAAAAAGAAAACAAUAACGAAAAAAAAUCAACACAACAGCUAGAUACUAAUGGAGAGCAUAGAUUACAAGAUAAUAAUAAUACACAGGGUAAACAAAAUAGUCAAACUCAACAACAAAAUAUUAAUGUACAAUCUUCUCAAGUAUCUGAAUCUGUAACGUCUGUUAAAACGGCGCAACAACAAGCACAGCCAGAGCAACCACCUCAAAUACUUUCGGCUUCUGAGAUAACCCCUCCGUGUCCGUCAGAAACAGAAAAAGUGCCAGAAACAUUGUUAACGGAGUUUAAAUUAGAACCAGAAGAUUAUGAAGACUUAUACAUGACCGGUGAAGAAGAGGACGAUGAUGACGAAGAUGAACAAGAUAUAGAUGAUGACGAUGACGACGACAACGACGACGAUGAUGAUGAUGAAGACGACGAUAACGAUAAUGAAGAAGACGACGAUAAUGAUAAUGAAGAAGACGAAGAUGACGAAGAUAAUAUUAAUCUAUUAAAUGUUAAACAGCAACAUGUUUUAAAAGAUACAGAACCAUCUGAUCAUCUGGAUCAAAUGUUUAACGAACUGGAAAAUAUAACAAGUAAUAUUGGGUUUUAAUAGGGGUAAAAAAUAA